AUGACGACUUCAGAUGAGGCAUCUGACUGCAAACUCCCACUCGGAUUCACUGGCGAGGUCGUGGCAAUGGUUUCGUACACCUCGCUUGGUAUUAUCGGAUCGUUGGGAAACAUCUUCGUGAUUCUUGCUAUCUACCGUACACCAACUUUAAGGAACGUGUGCGGAAUUUUAAUAGCAAAUGUCGCUGUGUCUGAUCUGAUAAUGACAGCAGUAGUAAUGCCUCUUGUAGUGUUUGUCCUAAUUCAGGGGUUUUUGGAUAAGUGCAUAUAUCAAACUCCAAUUUUUGUUGUCUUGAUAAUAGCACUUUUCUCUGCUGGUUCAUCGCUACUGACUCUAACCAACCUCAGUGUGGAUCGCUGCUUUGCCAUCUGUCGCCCGAUGAAGCACAAAACGAUCGUAACUUUAACAAAAGCAAAGAUAUUAAUUGCAAAAACGUGGAUUGAGUCCUUGAUACUCCCUAUUUUAGAGACGUUCUACCGUGAAUCGACCAUCGCAAAGUUCCUUCAGACCAUUGGAGUGGUCUACUGUUACUCCAUCAUAGUCAUAAGCGGUAUUUUUACGAUCAGGAAUGUGCGCGCCAAUUCAAGACAAAUAAGAUCACUACAUCAGGAUCAAGGAGCGUCUCGCCUCACUGCAGAUUUGACCCAGAGGAACAAACAAGUCGCCAAGACGAUCGCACUUGUCGUGUUCCUCUUCACCUUAUGUUGGAUCCCAAUCGCGUUUAUCAUAAGUAUUGAGAUCGAUGCAGAUAGAAAUGGCAGAAUCUAUUUCUGGUUUGCUACACUGGGGCUCGCUAAUUCAACAGUAAACCCGUGGAUUUACUUCUAUCGGCAGCCAAACUACCGCAAAGCGCUCAAAUCGUUGCUUGGAUGCAAACAAGGCACAUCUAACGCUGUCGUGCAAGUCCAAAAUCGCAAUGCAACACAAGGGACUAAAUUGUCCAGGUGA